AGCAGACGCAUUGUACGCGCAUUUGCCAAUCGGAGUAGCGACCAGGCUUUGCACACCGCUGGGUUUGAAUGUCUGGAGACGGUGCGCGAAACGGGAAGGGCUGCUUUUCCAAAGAGGAGCUGGCUGAAGUGUCUGACGUUUCACCGGGUUUCAGCCUGCAUCUCUGCUUGUCUGAGUGACAUCCAGAGUUGGAUGGACAACCACCACCUACAGCUCAACCCAGCUGGGCUUAUAAAAACGCAAGAAACCACAGUGUAAACUCUUGAAAGACUAGAUCUACCUGGGAACCUGCUACCUUACUGACAGGAUGAAGGUGAUAAUCUUACUUGUUCAGAUCGUGGCACUUUCAGCCGUCAAGUCAUGCUCAGUUCCUCCAGGAUUUACAGAAGAGAACGUGGCUUUACGCGGCAAGGCCACUCAAUCAGGGCUUCUACCAGGCUCUGAGGUAGUGUUCAGCCUGGCAGCCAAUGCCAUUGAUGGAAACCGAGAUCCUGAUUUCCACCAUGGGUCCUGUGCCCACACCUCAAUCGGCCACAACUCCUGGUGGAGGGUGGACCUGCUGAGGUCCUACUUAAUCACCUCUGUCACCAUCACCAACAGAGGAGACUGCUGUGGAGACAGGAUCAAUGGAACUCAGAUCCUCAUCGGUGACUCCCUGGAGCACAACGGCAUCAAUAAUGCACGGUGCAGCAAGAUUGAAACUAUGAGAGCAGGAGAGACUAAAACCUUUCCCUGUCCCGGGCUAAUGGUGGGACGCUAUGUGACGGUGCAUCUUCCAGGAAAGAACUACCUUCAUCUCUGUGAAGUGGAAGUGAAUGCUUUGCUUCCUCCUGCUAACUUUUGUGGCUGAUACCACAUUUAAGGCUGGUCACUUUAGCCCGGUGUAGUAUGUAAGAAAUUGGGUAAAGAAAUCAAUUUUGGGAUCAAGUUUUAUUUCCUGCUUUUCAUGUA